UUGAUUUUUAUGCAGUCUUGCGACAACUUGCUCUUGCAUAUUUCAAUACAUACUAGAAGUGGACCAACAUUAAUUUUCUUCUUAUCCCAACUUUCAAUUACAGGCUUCAACAAUGCAUCAUGACACGACAGCAAUACUUCACCGACACACAAGGCGUAUGCUAACGUGUGACUGAGAAUCAAAUUCAACAGCGUCAGCACUCUCCCGCGCAGAGUGUACUCAUCAUUCCACAUCACAAAGCAACAUUCCAUGGUUCUCCAGAACGAGAAGGAACCGAAAAAGGGUCUUGGGCCCUUGCUACCACCACCACCACCUGGACCACCUCCGGCGUCGUCGGUACCACUCGUAACCGAUAGUGGCAGUGGGUCCAGUACGUCUUCGAACGUCGUCGUCACCGAUGUGGCCAUAAUGUCAACACCCUCCACCACAUCGUCGUCGUCGUCGUCUUCAUCAUCAGCUUCAUCAUCCAAUCGAAUCAACAAUGGCCAGCCGGUUAUCAAGCGUCAGCGGAUCGAGCAGGAAACGGAUGUCGUGGACAGUUGCAGCAGUAGUAGUGUCGCUUCUGCGCUGACCGUGGCCAGUUUGGUUAACUGUGCGGCCAGUUCCAGUGGGAAUUCGUCGAACGGUUCGUCGCUUGUUGCUUCGGCUUGCUCCAGCUCCACGUCGCUGUCGUCGUCACCUCCUACGGCAUCUUCGUCAUCGUCACCCUCGGCUUCAUCAUCGACGUCAUCUAUUGAUCGGGGUUUGGCUCCCAAGAUUCUGGACGUCAGCAACGGUAGCAGUAGUAGCAGUGCCAGCAGCGGCGUUGGGACGGAAGAAGAUGUCCUGCUCAAACAGGUACACGACUACCAGGCCCUGUUCCAGGGUGCCAUCGCGAAGCAGUGUCUGUGCGGGCUGGAGACCGAGGUGCUACUGAUGUCGUUCCAAUCGUACUACGUGUGCUCCUCCGGGGGAAACGGCGCCCGGGGGAUCCAUCGGCAGCGGCUGCCGAUGAUCGAGUGGCCGUUCGAGUACCUGCUGAAGUUCCUGUCCAAUGUGCAGCUGCUGUUCGAUACGUACUUGAGGCAGAACAUCAAGGGUCAUAUCUGUUCCGAGGUGAUGAAUCUGUGCAACUAUCUGGUACGGAUGGAGCACCUACACCCGCAUGCGGAGUUUGUCGGGAUGGACGUCGAUGAGAUUAUAGGGUUAUGCAAUUAUAAUAACAAGUUUAUUAAUUACCUGUCUGGGAGGAUACUGUCGUCGUUUUUAAUUAUAGUGAAAGACGAUCUGGACGAUCGAUGGCUGGAGAAGAUAGUGGCCAAUCUGUUCGACUUCAGUCAGCUGGACAUAUUAGCGGUUAAGAAAGUCAACUUUAGCUUGGAUGUUAUCCAGAGGAUAGUAGAGUGGAAGGAUGAAACGGAGCAUCCGUUGGAUGAGUUCAUUCAGGGACAGGAGGCCGCUGGUAGUGGCGGUGCGGGUCCUUCCAGUUCCAUGGGAUACCAACCUGCUCCUCCACCGCCUAUGGAGAGCAAUUACUUCGCGACACAUUAUGGUUCGCAGCAUUAUGGCAGCGAAUCCGGAACGAAUAGCAUUUUCAGCCCUCACCCGACGUCGUCUUCUGCGACAACUUCCUCGGUUCAUCCGGCCCCAGUGCAUCACAGUAGUCUAUUAAGUCAUCCCGCCAUCCUCCAUCAUCCGCUGGCGUCUUCCGGUGGUCAAGUCUGCCAUAUCGAAACCCUAACGGAUUCGGAGAGUUUCGAUACAACCCGAAUCAAAUGCGAAACGGUCAACAGGUUGGGCAAGAAGUGGCCCGCCCUGGUUGAGGUGGUCAGUCGGAUGAUCAAAGCCCUCUCUGGUUCGCAAUCGCAGAACCCCCAGAGCCUAACUGCAAUCGCUACCGAAACCUGCAUCCUAACGUUCCUUCGGCUAUGGGAGAGCAUCAUCAGUGUGAAGGCCAAUCUGUCCGUGGUCGAAACGCAACCGUUCCAUGCCCAGCUGGAUCAUUUCCAGCUGCUUCUGCUUUCUACCAAGAGCUCGGUCAUCUACAAGCAGAUGUUAACGCUGUUCAACGAAGCCCUGUGUUACGGAAGCACACUAGCGCUACAGGACUUCAUCCCCGAUGAGGUGGGUAGCUUGGCACACAAUGUGGUCCGCUGUGUCAAAGACCACCGGAUACUGGACAAAAUGCCGAAGUCGACCUAUACCAGUACGCUUGGAUUCAUCGGAUACAAAGGCGAAAACAUCCGAUAUCAUAACAAUCGGUUAUCUCCGGUUGCAAAACCGAAUGUAUCAACCGGAAGUGGUAGUGGUGCUGGAAGUAGCAGGAGUGAUGCCUGCGGAUACGACCGUACUUUAAUUCAGAAGAUGGCCCUGCUGGUGCUGAAGGCCGUUGCCGUCAUAGUUAAGGAAAUCCGCUGCGACUCCAGCGAUUCCAGCGUGGACAGCAGCGACUUUGAUAUGCAGGAGAUUCAAAUGAUCGAACGCAGCAUCCGGGACGUGGUCAAGAAGCUAGAAACUUUUCUGAAAAUCCAGCUCGAGUUUCAUCCGGAUAACCACUUCAGCAAGGUGCUAAUGCGCCUGUUCGACGACCAGGACGAUUACCUGGUGGAGGCCAUGGUAUGCACGCUGGACGUAACCUCCGGAAUCUCGUUCCGGAACAAUGCCUUCCCAGAGCUGAUUGCCAUCCUGGAUCCGGUGUACACCUUCAUCGAGUUCUCCAAUCUGGGUCCCAACAUCACCCACCUGUUCCUGGAUCUCCUGAUCAGCACGGAGACCUGCUUUCUGUUGUACCUGUUGCGCUUCCUGAAGUACAUCCGCCAAAAUUGGUCCAUGUUUACGCAGAGCUGCCUGACGUACGCGCAGCACAACCAUUACAGCAACACCAACAUCCAGCUGCAGCAGAGCAUCCGGAGUGCCACCGCCACCAACAUCGUGAUCAAUCCGAACAGCAACAACGUAAUUCUGGAUGACGUAAUGACGGUGCUGAUCAGCUUGCGGUUGCAGAUCAGCCGACAGGUGGCCGACGCCAUCUUCCCGUACAAUAUUGGGCCGAUACUGCGACUGAUCGAGAACUGCGAAAGUCUGUACGAGGGCAACGAGUUGAGCUGAAUAGUUGGGGGAAGAAAAGGUGAGUGCUCGCUUUCUAUUGGUGUGUACAUAUUUAAGUAAAGAAUGGGAAGGUUAUUUUAGAAAGGCGAAAAACGUACAAAAAAAUCGCGCUGGUUUUUUGGCAAAAGUGUAAAAAUACAAUACUGAGUGUAAAGCAAUACUUGCUUUAGCAGAUUCGAGGAAGUUUUAUUUAUGCGCUCCUAAUGGGGUUUUGUCAUUAAGUUAUAGAAGUGUCGAUUAUUUCGAAGCCGUAGAUAGAAUCAUAUACAUACUGUUACUAGAUUAUAACGAUUUUCUCGCGUAAUGUA